AUGUCUGACCCAAGCAUGGUCGAGCUCAGCGAGAUGUUGGAGCGCCUUUCCCUUGCACUCGGCGCGUCGAUACCGGACGCAAUGAUCACCUUCUCAGCGACUCCAAGCAGUUCGCCUGUCCUCGCGCACCCAAAGAGUCUGUCCGACCUGUUGCAGACCCUUCCGCAGGAGUUGCUCGACGAGAUCCGUGGCUGGGUGUUCACCCCAGAUUCGAGCCCCAAGCAAAUCAGAAUCACGCGCAACUAUACGCCACCAUCGAACAUGCAAGUCAACAAGGAGACGCGCAAGGUGAUCCUCCACUCGCACUACUCCAUGGGUGCGGUUGAGAUUCUUGACGAUCGCCCUGGUGCGAUCCGAUACUUUGAUAAGUGGAUCGCAAGUCUCUCUCCGGAAGUCAGGUUGGAUCUGCAGGCGCAUCGGCAACAUGCCAAUAUCUUCCACUACCGUCCGAUGAAGAAGGCCCGCUUCUUGCACAGGCGCUUGAAGCAGCAGAAUUCCAAGCGGCCGGCCUCGAACGACCCUGAUCGGCAAGAGUGGCAUGUUGUCCAGAGCCACUGA